AUGUGGUGGAAGAAUGAAAUAUUUGGUGGAAAAAAUGUAACAAAAAUUGAAAAUUGGCCAUGGCAAACAUUGUUACUGAUUCAACUUAAUUCGGGUCGCGUUAUUGUUUGUGGUGGAACGAUAAUUUCACCUCGUCAUAUACUUACUGCUGCCCACUGCGCCGAAAAUAUUGAUAUUGCAAAUUCAUUUGUCAUUUUGGGUACCGUCGAUCUUGAUAGCGAUGAUUAUGUAAUAAGGACAAUAAAAUCGGUGAAAGUUCAUCCAGAAGAUCCUUCUGAGAAUAGUUUAGUAACAAAUGACAUUGCAGUCAUAGAGAUGCUUAAAAAAAUAUCAUUCAAUGACAAAAUGCAACCAAUCUGCUUGCCGCUUUCUGAUUCAAUGUUAAUAAAAGGCGAAGGAACCGUUCUUGGCUGGGGAAAUUAUAAUGAAGGGAAAAAUUUAUCGGAAAGCAUCAGCACGGUCCUAAAAGAAACUUCAGUACCUUUCAUUGAUCACAAACUUUGCAACAAUGCUUGGAAGAAUCUGAUUGAUCCCGAUUUCGAAUUAGCAGAUUCGCAGAUAUGUGCGGGAGGAAACGCACGAGGAACAGCUCGAGUAAUUCAUUCAAACUUUGCACAUUCUACCUUAGAAUUGCGCCCGAAAAAAUAUAUUAUUCAGCAGAUUUUAACGGGUUUUAUAGGGCGAUAG